AUGGUAAUUAUGACUAACUCAGAAGAAGAUAAUGUGAGAAAAGCCCUUGUCACAUUCAUGGAUAAACUUGAGCCACCUAGGAAUUAUAUUAUCAAUAACCAUACAGAUUUCAAAUGGGGUUGGAACCUUACAACAGACCCCUGCAUCCAUAACUGGCACGGUGUAACUUGCUACACAAGCAACCGAUAUGUUAAGAGUAUAGUUCUUGAUGAACUUAAUUUCACUGGUGUUCUAGAUGCAACUUCUCUUUGCAUUGCUAACAAUCUUCAAAUUCUCAGCCUCAGAAACAACAAUUUACAUGGUUUUAUAUCAGAGGACAUAAGAAACUGCAAAUUCUUGACACACUUGAUUCUUAGUGGAAACAAAUUCUCUGGUAAUCUUCCUAUUUCGAUUCCUCAACUGCAUAACAUGAAGCGGUUUCAUGUUUCAGGGAAUCACUUCAUUGGAGAGCUUCCGAAUAUGGUUAAUGUUACAAGCUUGAUAUCAUUUCUUGCUCAAAACAACAACUUCAUUGGUCAGAUUCCUGAUUUUGAUUUCUCCAACUUUGAAGCUUUCAAUGUCUCUAACAACAACUUACGGGGUCCUGUUCCAGAUACUAGAGGUAGAUUUCAUGCAGAUAGUUUUUAUGGUAAUCCUAAUUUAUGUGGAAAACCAAUUUCUAAUUCAUCAUGUCCACCACCUCCACCACCACCUCAUCCAGUUGAUAAGAAAGACGAAAAAUCAUUUCUUGAUAAUUUGCCAAUUUAUUCAGGUUACAUAGUACUUGUUUUAAUUUUUCUAUUUUUCUUGAUAUUCAAGUUGAUAAGAAAAUUCAUGACAAAAGAUAAAGAAAAAGCGUUAGAUCAUGGUGAAAAGAAGGACAUGGAACUAGACAUGAGCUGUGCUGGUGUCGGCGGCGGCGGCGGUGAGAAGCUUAGUGAGAUAUUAAAUUCCAAUGGAUCAAAGAGUUGGCUGAAUGGUCUUGGGAUGAAAUCAGAGUCUUGUUCUUCUUUCAACUAG